GUUGUGUUGGACACAAGACACAACACACAAUUUUUACAUUUUUUGUCAAUCAGUCAUCACUUAUCUUAACUGACUGUUUGGUCUAAUUCACUGUAAAAUAUUGUAAAUGAAUUAGAGUGUUUUUUAUAUACCUGAAGGAUUUUGCCUUCCCUAAGUUAACCAUAACGAGAAUAGUUUGCGAACAAAAAUGAGUGAGACCAUGGCUGUACCUUCGGAUGUGAAUGGCAGUAUCGUUGUUGAAACAAACAUAAACUUUUUUGAUUUGAAAUAUGUCCACGACAAUUUUGUCGCUUGUCUAAUCAACGAUGGUGACAUUUCGUUAGAUAUGUACCUAAACGCCUAUCGGGAAUUGCAAAAGUUUUGCAAUCUCAUGGGAACUGUAUUUGGAUUUGUUGGUUCUGAAAUAGGCAGCAAAAUGGAUGCGCUAGAGCAAGUACGAGCAAAGGACAAGUCAGGACAUUUUUCAACAAUGAAAAAAAUGGUUGAAUACGAAACAGAAAAUGGACUGUUGAAAGAAAGUUCUUAUGUUUCUGGUAGCAGAACAUUGUUAAGACUUCAUCGAGGACUAGAUUUCCUGAGGCAGUUUUUGAAGAGAGUUGGAGAGCUUCAACCAGAAGAAAAGACAAACACUGUUGGACAGGAGGUAUAUAACCAGACACUAGCCAAGUACCACCCCUGGCUGGUGAGGAAGGGGGCAGUCCUGGCCAUGUAUGUGCUGCCUACCAGGAAUGUGCUUCUCCAUAGGGUUUGUGGAGAAAACACUCAGUCUGCCUUGGACGCUCUCCCUGAGAUGCUGGAGUCGACCAAUGAAGUUUACAAUCGAACCGAGAACUACUUCAAAGAAAUGGAUUUGUUGAACCUACCAUAAGUUUUGCUCAUUCUUUAAUGGCUGUGAUAACAUAUUUAUACCAACCUAAUGUAUUAUUUAGCUUAGAAUAUGAGUCAGAACUGCAGCGCUCACUUGCACAGGGAAAGUGAUUCUUGCAAUAAUUUUCACCAAAAAUAUUUAGUUAAGGCAAUUAAAGUAGGCUACCAGUAAUGAAUAGUAAAGUGAAAUUUAUUCUUAAUGGAAAAGAGUAUUAAAACAACCUGUUUUGGAUGGAUAUUAAAGAUUUUACAAUUUUACCUAAGAACAGACCGUUUAUCAAAUUUUGUAUGUUUACCCAUUGUUAAUUAUUUGAUUGAAAAGGUAUAUUUUAGCAUUUCUUAACCUUAUUCCAACAGCUUCUUAUUAAGCUCAUCAACCCAUUAUUUCCCAUGAGUCAUUUUCCAUACCAGAGUUGGACAUCCCUACUGCUAAUUUUCAGCAUUUUCUGCUUUUACUUGCUCAAAGAAUAUGCACUGAUUCUAGCGCACCAUUCUUUAUACCAUACCCCAACUGUACACUUCAUAACAAUCCAAGAAGCUGGCCUUUAUCCAUUAUGCCAUCUAGCGAUAUUGAUAUUGGUUCUGCUUCUGGCUUAAAGUUUUGUUGUUCCAUCUCUUUAUUAAUCCAUAGCUAGACAUUGCUGCCACUUAUUUUCAAUAGUUUUCUUUUUUCUUAUAAAAUGUGCCCUAAUCCCACUCUGUUCAUUCUAGUCUUAAUCGGGGAAGUAAUUAAGUGGCCUGUGUAUCCAGUCUUUACCAACCAGUAAGCUGAUGUUCGUCAUGUGGCUUUAAAUAUUGAACUCUAUUUUACUGUGUUUUAUAUUAUGACUAAGUUUCACAAAUUUUUGUUGACAAAAACUACUUUUAGGUGAUAUUUAUUCCAAAUUAUUCACAAUGACACUAUCAUUUUCCUGCAACUAUUGUUUUGUUAGCAGCUAGGACAUUGAUAAUUUUGCUAUACCCUUGAUACAUUUUUGGUCAACUAUGAAACGAAGGUAAAGAUCAGAGUGCUGAGCCUAUUAUAUAUUCACAUGUUACCUAUCUUGGGAAAAGUGACUUUUCCCUAAAUUUCUCAUAACCAAUACCUACAUAGUCUCAGCUUUCAUAUAUACUUAACUAGAGGAUUGUAACAUUCCAUUAUCUUAAUAUCUAAUAAUAGUUUUUUGGCACUUUAACUCAUAUAAGAUUUUAGGUUUUGAUUCCGUGGCUGCCAUAUUUCAGUAUUACAUAUUGUAUGAAGACAAAUAAUAGGAAUGCUAGAAACCUUUAAACAAAAUAUAGCCACAAUAAACUAUUAGAAAUUGAA